AUGUGGUUAGAAGAAGUCUCAUUUGAUCUAAUUGCUACAAUAUCUAAUGUUGAUCUGGCUGCUGUUUCCAACUUAUGCUCUAAAUUGAGAGAUCUAAAAGCAUUUGGUCUAUAUCCCAAAAAAAUAAAUACCAUUGGCGGUGAAUGUAGUGUUGUUGAGAUCGACGAAAGCAAAUUCGGGAAAAGAAAGCAAAACAAAGGUCAUAAAGUAGAAAGGGCUUGGAUAGUUGGAGCGGCAGAAAGAAAAUCAAGAAAAAUUAUUUUAAUGAAUAUAGAAAAUAGUAAUUGUCUUACAUUAGCUGCUUUUUGCAAGAGAUUCAUUCACAAAAAAUCAAUUGUUUUUAAUGGUUGUUGA